CCGUUCUCUCUUUCUCUACACGGCCUUCUGUGUGUUUUCUCAUCUACCUCUCGUCCUUCCUUCUCAAUCGACUCCGCCUGAGUCAGUCAGUCACUCGCCGGCAGACUCCACCGAUCCACGGUGUGCAUUACUUCCUCGCGGAGACUGGCAGUUUGGAUUUCAAUACAAAACUAGUCAGUUUCCGCACUGCCAGUCCCAUCUCUUCAUUUGGCACUCGCACCUGGCGGCGUCCCUACAACUUUGCCCCCGGUAGUCGCCCCACCAUUACAGGUUUGCUCCUUGAGAUAAAAUGGGAUCCUCAGAUUGUCAGCAUUCUGGAUCAGAGAGUUCUCCUUUCUUGUCCGACAAAUCGGCCAAGGUGUUCGUAGCUGGCCACCGCGGGCUAGUAGGCUCUGCCAUUGUUCGCAAGCUCCAGUCUCUGGGUUUCGCCAACCUUGUGCUCCGAACCCACUCUGAGCUCGAUCUCACUCGUCAGGCUGACGUGGAAUCAUUCUUUGCUGCUGAAAAGCCAGACUUUGUAAUCUUGGCAGCUGCCAAAGUUGGUGGUAUCCACGCCAAUAACACAUACCCUGCGGAUUUCAUAGCCAUCAACCUCCAAAUCCAGACCAACGUCAUCGACUCUGCUUACAAGCACGGAGUCAAGAAGCUCCUCUUCCUGGGUUCAUCCUGCAUCUACCCAAAACUGGCCCCUCAGCCUAUCCCGGAAGAUGCACUGCUCACGGGGCCUUUAGAGCCAACGAAUGAGUGGUACGCAGUGGCCAAGAUCGCUGGUAUCAAGAUGUGUCAGGGUUACCGGAUUCAGUACAGCUGGGAUGCAAUCUCUGGGAUGCCAACGAACUUGUACGGUCCCAACGACAACUUCCACCCGGAGAAUUCACACGUCUUGCCGGCACUGAUGAGGAGGUUUCACGAGGCCAAGGUGAAUGGGGACAAGGAAGUGGUGGUGUGGGGGACGGGGAGCCCUUUGAGGGAGUUUCUCCAUGUGGAUGAUUUGGCUGACGCGGUGGUGUUUAUGAUGGAGGAGUACAGUGGUUUAGAGCAUUUGAAUGUUGGGAGUGGGAAGGAAGUGACUAUUAAGGAGCUCGCGGAGUUGGUAAAGGAAGUUGUUGGGUUUGAAGGGGAACUCGUUUGGGACAGUUCGAAGCCAGAUGGAACUCCGAGGAAGUUGAUGGAUAGCUCCAAGCUGCUGGGAAUGGGUUGGAAGCCGAAGGUUUCGCUUAGGGAAGGGCUGGUUGAUACUUACAAGUGGUACACAGCCAAUGCAAUAACUAAGCAAUAAUGAGACUUGAGAGGUAAAAUUUGACAUCUUCUGUCCUGAGACUUGUUCCAGCAAUAGUUGGCAGCCAUUUCAUGUUAAACAUGCUAUAUUUGAGAUUUAUGUAAGAGGGGUUAUUGUGUUUGUGAAGAUGGGAUCAGUAAAAAAGUCGUUGGUUCUAUUAGUGCUGUUGUAUCGUUCUAGAAAUCUUAUAAAUAACAAAAGGGUUGUCUCUUUUCGUUGAAUCUGUACUUGGUUCAUGAGGACAAUUGAUCAGCUGCUACAGUGAAGUCUCAGCAUGUUGGCUCAAAUCUGGUGUCUAUGUGGGCAUGGUGAGGUUGUACAUUUUCAUUUUGCACAGGUCACAUAGUAAGAUGAUAAUGCAGCAAAACGAGGAGAUGCUACUUCUAGUGUCCACA